AUCAUCCAAAAUGCAAGACACCAAUGAACUUCACUAUUAAAUCUUAGGCCACACGACAAGUGUCGUACAUUCCUCACGGGAAAACCGUCUACACAGAAAAAAACUUUACGAUCUCUUGCGGCUACUUUAUGCAAGAAAUUCAUGUUGAUUAUCACCAUGUUAUGUCAAUUUUUUCUGUGCAGCACGGCAGCUAAUCUGGCAAGUGGAAGAUCUGAAGUGGAAAAUUUUGCAUUCGAAGGGCGACGAAGACCAAAAGUCCCCGGCUCAGUUACACGGGUUGUUGAUCCCACAAAAGACGGCGAAAGCAAUUUUCGAACUUGCAACAUUGCAAAAUGGUUUCGCAAGCGCCAAGAGCCAAAAAGCUCAUUUAAUCAGAAUUAGGUUUAAUAACAACAAGAGUUUUAAUCAAACUGGGCGUUUCGAUAUCGGACAAUUGGCGGUUCGGUGGCGGGAUACCAGGUUACGCAACCAGGAGGAAGAGUUGCAAGUGGAAGGUAUCGCUUUCAGCGGAACCACAGGUAUCGAAUGACAUCGGGCGGCUUCUUAUAUAUGCCCAAGGCGUCAGGGCCACUGCAAGCAUUUGCAACCGACAACCAUAUUGAGCAGCAUGUUCAGGUUUUUUCACCUCGACAUCCUGGUCAGCCUGAUCAGCCUGAUCGGCUAUUUUGCAUUGAUAAACGCCCAGCAGCAAUCCCACCAGCAGGAGAUUUCGCGGAUACAACUCCACCCAUCAUGGCUGUACUCGAUGCCCUGGCGUCCUUUGAUCCUGCCCACAGCCAGUCCUUCACUGCCUUCUCUGACGGCGCUGGCUCAACUGAGUCCUGGCUACACGGGCCCGCAGACCUUUCCGCCAGUUCCACAGGAUCAACGCCAACAGACGCAGCAAUAUCAACAACAUCAGCAACAGCAAUUCCAGCAGGCAUAUCUGCAGCAAUACCAGCAACCCUCCGUCCUGGUGGGAUUAUUCACUCCUCAACUGCAGGCCCAGCCACUGGCAGCACCUCCGCCGCAGGCUGGGCAUUUUAGCCUGCCCUUCAGGCCCUCGCCCUUCGCCGGAUAUACGGAUGACGGAGAUGAGCAUUUAGCCCAGGGGCAGGGCAACGGCAUUCAAGAGCAAACGGCGCAGCGGGAACUGGAGGAGCCGACCUUCCAUGAGCAUGCCUAUAAUAAUAAGCCAGCGGCAGAGGGAUCGCAGCAGCCAAGGGGCUACGUCUAUCUAUCGCCUAGUAAUGCCUAUAAUCUAGUAAGAACUUAGGUUACAGAGCGCACAUAAAUAUCACCUUUUUUUGUGUUAGUUCUUAAGUUAUUGUAUACCAAAUAUCAAUCAGUCUCGUUGGCUUGAAUUCCAACUACAUAAAGCAGAAACUAUAUCGUGAAGUAAAGUCAGGCUCUUCAUAUGCGAGUUUGUAAAGUUGUAUGUGGAUACCCAGCCCAAGUCAAAAUCCGAGUCAAAGCCCCAGGUUCAUUUUCCAUGGCAA